GCUACUUUCAAGCUUUACUUUGAAGAGAAGAUGGCGUCAGUGGUUUCGUGUGCUCUGAUGUGAGUGCAGGGACCUGAGCAGGGAGCAUGGGCAAGCUGAAAAACCACGACGUGAAUGCAGUGACCUAUGAUGAUGUGCAUGUCGACUUCACUUGGGAAGAAUGGACUUUGUUGGAUUUUUCCCAGAAGAGUCUCUACAAAGAUGUGAUGCUGGAGACCUACAGAAACCUCACUACUAUAGGAUACAGUUGGGAAGACCAUAAUAUUGAAGAACAUAGUCAAAGUUCUAGAAGACAUGAAAGGUAA